GGAGAGAGGAGGCUGUGGGCGCGAGCAGAGCUUGGAUUUGUUGUUGCUUUCGGUGAUUCGCCAGGGGCGAGGCGGCACAGAGCUAGAAUCGCAGUCUAGGGUUUGAUCUAGGGUUUUUGCGAUGGACGGCAAGGCGACCGACGGGAUUGCAGCAGGCAACGCUCCCGGCGCUGCUGAGGUCGUGAAUCCGCCCUGGAAAUCUCGAGACGAUGGGAAUAACGGGAUAUCGAAGCUUCUCGCGAAUAUUUUGGACACGGAUGUCAAAGAUGGCGCAGAGAACGAUCUUCCGCUGUCUCCACAGUGGCUCCAUCCCAAAUCGUCCGAGAAACCAGCCGGAGAGCCGCCUUAUACGCCCAGGUCCGGACUCCAUCACGAGCUCAACAAGGACAACUGGCGUGGGGAUGGUGCUCGCGAGCUCGAUCGAAAGUGGUGGCGAAAUGACGAGCGCAGGGAUAAAUGGAGAGAGGACGAGAGGGAGAACACGAGACAGAGGUGGAAGGACGGUGACCGAGAAGCACCGGAUGGUAAGAGGUGGCUAGAUAAGGAGCCGGGGGAAGGAAAACGAGGGAACUUAGAGCGGUGGACUGAUUUCUCCAACAGGGACACGAGCUAUGAUAAUCGUCGAGAUAGCAAAUGGAACAGCCGCUGGGGUCCAGGUGACAAGGACAAGGAACCACGUCGUGAUAAAUGGGUGGAUCCAGACAAGGAAGGCGAGAAGGACAGGCAUGCAAGUAAUCCCAUCAGCAUUCGAGAGCCUGAUCACGAGAACUCUUCCCGAGCAUGGGUUCCGCCGCAUGCUAGACGCGGUGAAGCUGCUUCUCCACUAGGGAGUACACCACCGAAGUUUGCACCGGGUUUUGGCAGAGGGCGUGGCGAUACGUUUACUGCUGGACGUGGUCGAAACACUUAUGGAAGUGGGCCUCUGCAUGGUCCGGGCUUGCCUGGAGCGCAAGGAAGCCAUAUCGGUGACAAAGCGGAAAUGCGUCCGGGACGGGGUGAUUCAACUUACCGUUAUCCAAGAGGCAAGCUUCUUGACAUCUAUCGGAGCUGUCCUGUCAAGCCGAAACUCCCCGAUGGUUUCAUUGAAGUCGAACAGCUAACUACGGACAAGCCAGUGGAACCGCUGGCCGUUUCCGCCCCCGAUGAUGAUGAAGAGGUGGUAUUGGAAGCUAUUCAGAAAGGGGACAUAACUGGUAGCGGAGCUGCACAGAAUACUUCCAAAGACGGUCGUGUUCCUCGUGAGGAGACUGCAAGAGUUCGACCGCGUAUUGGGCUUGGAAGAGCAUUUGGCAAGGAUGACGAUAAAGUCAGUGAUGAAGACGCUUUUCGAGAUUUCGAAGGGGACUCCGAGAAUCGGACGAACUACAAUGGUUUAAAGGACGGGAGGAGGGACGAAGCUCGGCGAUAUAGAACAACUGAAGAAGCCAAGAAAUGGGAGGUGAAUGAAGACGACAUGGAUCCUUACAAGGAAGAUAGAGGUUGGAAGCCAAGUGCCCGAAAGGAAGAGCAAGUAAAACCGCAGCCGCGACCAGAAGACCUUCAACUUUUUUAUACAGAUCCUCAGGGUGUCAUUCAAGGCCCCUUUAUUGGUGCAGACAUCAUAGGAUGGUUUGAAGCUGGUUUCUUCAACAUAGACCUGCCCGUUCGUCUUUCCGACGCUCCCGAGGGAACUGGUUUUGUACCGCUUGGGAACAUCAUGCCGCACUUGAAACCGAAAGCUCGCGUACCUCCAGGUUUUGACGUCAAAGUGGAAGAGAAGGCGGGGUUCGAUAAUAACCUUCAUUUACUACAAGAACUUGACACGAAGAGACUGGAUGUGAAGCCGGAUUCUAGUAGAUUGACGCCAGAGGUUGCAGAAGAAGACUUGGCAAGAAAGAGAAUAGCUGUACUUUCGCAAGGUCGGCUGGAAAAACUCGAUCAAGGUCCAGGAUUUUUUCAAGGAAAAUGGCCACACGACAACUCUUCAGAAGCUGAUGUCGCUAAGCUGUCAGCGAGUGUAAAACCCACCGAUGUCAUGACACCGCUGUCACCUAUGCCGGGUGCUAUGGCGGGUGCAGAUUGGCCUCGUUCUCAGCAGCUGCAAUCCGAACUUGUCUUCCAGCACAUAAACCAGAAUUUUCCUCAACGUACAAGUUCGGGACUACUUUUAGAACAGCUACACUCGCCAAUAUCACAGCCGGUUUUACCUCCAACGACUGAGCAGCUACUCAAAAUGAGGCAGCAGCAGCUACAGCAGCAGCAGUUACAACAGCAGCAGCAGCAGCAGCACCAGCCACAACAUCAACUCCAGUUACAGCAGCAGCUGCAUCAACAAGCUCCACAUCCUACUUUACUUGAGCAGCUGCUUUUGCAACAAGCAAGCAUGAACGAGUAUCAGCGACUGCAGAAUGCCAACUUUGAGGCGUUAAGCAGGCAGCCCGACGCGUCUCCGUUAUCUGAAAAGCCUGGAGUUCGAGCUUCUAGUAAUCCGCUAGAGCAGUUGGCGCAGUUGAAACACCAGCACGAGUCGGCAUUCAGGCAGUUCUAUCCUACAGACGAGCGUCACCUUUUACGGCAGUUAAGCGUACCGCCUGCACAGCAGUGGCCGACGGCCGAGAAAACUAGAAUGCCCGGCGUAUGGGACAUAGAUGACUACGGGCAGUUCUUGCGGACUUCAGCGCCACCUGGGACUGGUGAUCAGAAGGACGCAGCUCUAAGCACUCACUUCGAGAGGAGCCUCAGCUUGGGAAGAAUUCCGACUGAUCCUACUCAGGAGAGUUUCAAGGCUGAAAAUAAUCCAACUGUUUCGUUAUAUUCGCCUGGAGGAAAUUUGCAGCAGCAGCAGUGGCCGACAGCCGAAGUGAACUUCAAGGAGAAUAUUGAGGUGGCGGGGAACAAGCCGCAACGAAGCAUUGCUGAUUAUGUGCCUGAACCACCACUUCCUGGACAGAAUACAUCACCGUUACUCCAGGCUCAGCAGCACAGUGAGGUUGCUACUCCUCUCGAAAUUUUGCUUCAGGAGGCUAAAAGGCAGAGUGAGGAGAAGAUCGUUUCGCCAACUGCCUGGGUCGCUCCUGCUUCACAGCCGAAAGCUCCGAAAGAGUCUCAGGAGGAGGAAUCGUUGAAGAAGUCGGCAACAUUGAACACCAACAUUCCUGCCCCUGCUCCAACUCAAGCUUACUCCACCGUGCAAGAGGCAGAUGAAGUCUCUCCAUUCAAAAGUGAAGACGGCGACUUUAUCGAGCCAAAGGAAACUAAGAAAAGCAAGAAGCGGGCAUCCAAAAGCAAGUCGAAUAAGCCUAUCGUCAGUGCCAUCGACAGCCCUGCGUUGCCUUCUGCGACAACAAAGGCCAACAGCUCGAAGCAGCUUCCAGACCUGAGCAAAGAGAUUUUACCGUCUCCGCCACCAGGGCCUUCUCUUGCGGAUUAUAUGUUUACUCGGGAAGAGCCAGCUGUUUCUCAACCACUUGCUGCUUGGUCGAUUGACACAAACAAACAAGUGAAACCGGCUAAGUCUCUGAAAGAGAUCCAAGAGGCUGAACGUCAGGCCAGGGAGGAGCAAGAUAAGAGGCUCAGACUUCUGCAGCAGCAGCAACAGCAGCAGCUGCAGCUACAGCAGCAACAGCUUGCGGCGUCUAAGCCAGCAAUCAUUCGAAAUGCAGGUAUUAAUGGCUCUGCGUGGCAGAAACCAUCUCCCGCUGUGGCGACUCCUGUCCAAUCGAACAAGUCUUCCAAGUCGAAACCGAAGGUUGACGACGAUAUGGACCUGUUCUGGGACUACGGUGAAGAUGCUCUCAAGCCAGCGGCCAAGUCAGAAAGGCAAGAGUCAUCGGGCAGGAAAGGCCCGGCCAAGGAGCUCGCAACAGGAUUUCGACAAGCUUCUGCUGCUGCGGUUUCACAAGGCAGUGCUGCGGAGUUUCCAUCCUUGUCAUCUUCGAUAAGGCCGUCGACACCAGUAACUCCGAAUACCGUGAAGAAGAUAGCUGGAAAGAAGGAUGCUGUUACUUCUCCGAGUACAGGCCCAAAUGCAGAGGCCAAAGCAUUCCGGCAGUGGUGCGAGAGCCAAAUGAAAAAGCUGACUGGUAACGAUGAUAUGACGCUCUUGGAGUUUUGCUUAUCCCUCCCAUCCAGUGCCGAGGCCGGAGAGUACCUCACACAGUAUCUCGGCUCCACGGCCAACGUCCAGGCAUUCAAGUCCGAGUUGUUACAGCGCAAGGAGCUGUUGCCAGUGGAAGCUCUCCGCAGCGUCUUCACGGUGAGUGACGCGGUUAUCAGCGAGGAUUGGAAGCAGGCAAGCCGGGGACAGGGCCAGUUUUACGAGAAGAGCAAAGCGGCGGAGACCGAGUUCCAGGAAUCCAAGGCCGGGAAGAAGAAAGGAAAGAAGGGGAAGAAGGUGGUGGAUCCAUCGCUGCUAGGAUUUAGCGUGACGAGUAACAGGAUACUCAUGGGGGAGAUACAGCACGUAGAGGACUAGAGGCUGUUCCUCUUCUCGGCGGGAGUGUAAAUUACCUGUAAAGGGAGGCAGGCGGCUGGAGGACGCUUUCGCGGCAAAAAAUUUUGUUUUUCGGGGUGGAGACGCUUGUACAGUGCAACAUGAAAUGGGAGUUUUCUUUUCAUUCCAUUUGAGUUUAGAGUCUUUCGAGGAGCAAAGGCCGGCUGUGCCGUGGUGUGCCGCUAGCUAAGUGGGGGAUAGCCGGAAGCUAUAUCUCUGGGCUAUGGCAACCUUGGCCUCGAUCUGGGAGAAUGAUUGGCCCAGGCACACACGCUAGCUUUGCGAAAAUGGUGUUGGAGGAGGUUGAGAAUAGGGAUGGUCACUCCGCUUCUUUCCGGGAAUGACAAAUGCCCAAACUUGGCAUCUUUGAAAACGGCAGGACAAGCGCAAGCUCUCGUUGAGCACCAUCCCGACCUGGAAUUUCCCAUAGCUAUGGAGUUUAGAGAAGUCCAAGGAAGAACAAGAUGAACUUACAAUCUUUAGCUUGCUCCCUCGGCAUCAAGCUUCUGGUGUCACGAUCAUAACUCCAAAACACCACUCCUUUAGCCGGCAACCUAACGCCAUUGAGACUGGUUGACCAUUUGUAUGUCCGGCCGUUCUUUUCAAAGGCGAGAAGCUGCUCUCCAAAAUUAACAACGAUAUUUCCCAGCUGCUCUAACGUUUCGACACCCAGGGUGAUGUCAAUCGCCCCCAUAUCCAACACGCAGAAUGUUCCGCUAACCCCGACAUCAAUGAACAUCAAGUCUUUUGGGACGUUUUAAUCAUUCCACCAUCCGCUAUUUCCAUCUCCAGCGGCUGCUCUUCAUUUUCCCAGAGACUUCCAGUUAUCAAAAGUAUGGGAAGCGCCAGAGCGUUGGCCCACAUUUCUCUGGAUUCGGAAACACUCCGGACCUGCUACCGUGCUGCAGUGGCAGAUGGUCUCCAGCUUCAUGAGCAACUGCUCCGGUUCCUCCUCCAGCGCGACUGAACCUCCAUGAUGAAAACGCCUCGUCAACCUCAUCUAGCUCACAGGGCAUAAGGUCGCCCUGAUCAUUAGCCUGAAGCUGAAAUCCGAGCUCUAGGGUUCUCCGAGCCUGAUAAACUUCGCGGUGUCCGCGGCUCCAUUUUUCACUGUAGUCUAAACAUUUGCCAAGACGAAGAUCUUCCAAUAAUCU